AUGGUCGAUCUCAUCUCCCCUCCUGAUCCUCGCACCCUACUCCCGCCUCUGCUGGCUUGUCUCCCUACGGCUUUUGUAUCGCCAUUGCCCCCGCCUGCACUUUUGCCCCUCCUAUCGCCCGUGCUACGCCAGCGAGUUCAGGUUCUGAGUUCCCUCGCCGCCUCUCCGAGCGAAUCAUGGCUGCGACUACUUUGUUGGGAUUCUGGGAAGGCUGAGCGUCUUCAGACGGUGGUGAAUGAGUCCAGCUUUGAACCACACCCAGUGUCGGGGGAGAUUGAACUACCCGAUGAAGUCCCGGUGGAAUACAAGCGCGUGGACGAGGAGACACUGCAGUCUCGCAUUCUGCUCUCAGACUAUCGCCUGAAGGCUAUCUAUCUGUGGUGUCCCAACGACAAGGAUGGUGGAGGACCCGGGUGGCGAGUCGCAGAACUUUUGCCCUACGAAAGCAGUAGGGCAGAUGGUGAGGCCUGGUCGGCAUCGAUAGGGGAGGCCAAUUCACACUCCAAGGAGAAGUUGAUGGAGGAUGCGUUGAGAGCGGCGGAGAAGGAGGAGGAAGCUGCUAAAGACGAAGAAGACGACGACGAUUACUGGGCUCAGUAUGACGCUACACCGGGGAGGACCCCAUCAGUGAAAACGCCCGCUCCUAAUGGACGGUCUGCCCUUCAGCACCAGGACAUGUCUGAAGCGUCCUACUUCUCACGAUAUGCCGAUGUGCAGCCGGCGAUGGACAACCAUGAUCCGUCGGAAGAACGGCCGGAACUCGGACCAUCUUCCCUGGGCGGAGAUUUGCUAGCCAAUCUCCUCAAACCUCAUGCUGAUAAUCAAGCAUCUGAAAACUCAUUGCACCUCAAUGGUCAUGGAGACACUGAUAGGGCAUUGAAUCACCCGCGACCAUCAUCUGCCUCCUCUAACAGCUCAGAGGCUGUUGCCAAGCUCGAGCUGGAGGCCGAAAAUCAGUCAGCAUGCGAAGUCGGCGUUAAGCAGCAUAUUGGCUCUAACAUCAAGAGUCUGUUCCGGCUCGCUAGAGCCACAGGGAUCACGCGCGCCGAGUUCCAGUCGCUCGUGAGAACAGAGCUGGAGUUGUUGAAUAUGUCCGAUGAUGAUUAG